GAUGUGGCAAAAAUGAAACGAAUGAUAUAAUACCGACUAGACUACUUAUACCUGCGCUCAUUAAUCACAUCUAAAACAUCAGCAACCCGAGCGCUCACACACAUCGAAUCAGAGCUUCGCGCAUCGCCCGCUUGAUUGACAAAAGCGCUGAAAUCGCGAAUGUCCUUCCGCCGCUGCUUCCGGAUGUUCAGUCUGAGCUGUUUCCGCCGCCAUUGCGGGUUUGAGUGAGUCCCAUCCGCGCAGAGAGGGGAGAAGAAAAAACACACCGACCAUCUGGCGGAUUGGCUUGACACGACGACAGCACGACGGUUGAUUUCUCUGUCUAAUCAAGCCGACAGACCCGCCUUUGAUCGGUUUUGACUCGGGGGUGUCCGCGGAGAGGAGGUCGUCGCGCGCUAAAGCCAGGCAGAAAUUUUUCGAGGAGUCCGGCCGGGAGGAUUGAGAACAGAAAGCCCAAACCAUGGCUCAAAUCCUGCCUAUCCGCUUCCAGGAGCACCUGCAGCUCCAAAACCUGGGUAUAAACCCAGCGAACAUUGGGUUCAGCACCCUCACGAUGGAGUCGGAUAAGUUCAUCUGCAUCCGGGAGAAGGUGGGCGAACAGGCCCAGGUGGUGAUCAUCGACAUGAGUGAUCCGAAUACCCCCAUCCGCAGGCCCAUCUCUGCAGACAGUGCCAUCAUGAACCCAGCCAGCAAAGUCAUUGCUCUUAAAGACGCGGCAAAAACCCUUCAGAUUUUCAACAUUGAAAUGAAGAGUAAGAUGAAGGCCCACACCAUGACCGAGGACGUUACGUUUUGGAAGUGGAUCUCUCUCAAUACCGUAGCACUUGUGACAGACAAUGCGGUCUAUCACUGGAGUAUGGAAGGAGAUUCGCAGCCCAUCAAAGUCUUUGACCGACACUCCAGUUUAGCAGGCUGCCAAAUUAUCAAUUACCGCACUGACGCCAAACAGAAAUGGCUGCUUCUGAUUGGAAUUUCUGCACAGCAAAACCGUGUUGUGGGUGCAAUGCAACUUUACUCAGUGGACAGAAAGGUGUCGCAGCCGAUCGAAGGCCACGCUGCUGGAUUUGCUCAGUUUAAAAUGGAGGGAAAUGCUGAGGAAUCCACCCUUUUCUGCUUCGCUGUUCGGGGACAAGCUGGAGGAAAGUUGCACAUUAUUGAAGUUGGAACACCUCCGUCAGGUAAUCAGCCGUUUCCAAAGAAAGCCGUCGACGUGUUUUUCCCUCCAGAGGCCCAGAACGAUUUUCCAGUUGCCAUGCAGAUAAGCUCCAAGCAUGAUGUUGUCUUUCUCAUCACCAAAUACGGCUACAUCCACCUGUAUGACCUUGAGAUGGGCACCUGCAUCUACAUGAACCGGAUCAGUGGAGAGACCAUUUUUGUCACCGCCUCCCAUGAAGCCACAUCUGGCAUUAUUGGCGUGAACCGGAAAGGACAGGUGCUGUCUGUGUGCGUGGAGGAAGAAAACAUCAUCCCUUACAUCACUAACGUGCUGCAGAACCCUGAUCUGGCCCUCAGGAUGGCCGUCCGCAACAACUUGGCAGGUGCCGAGGAGCUCUUUGCUCGCAAAUUCAACAAUCUGUUUGCUGGUGGAAACUACUCUGAAGCUGCCAAAGUGGCUGCCAAUGCACCGAAGGGCAUCCUGCGCACCCCAGACACCAUCCGUCGGUUCCAGAGUGUUCCUGCUCAGCCCGGUCAGACUUCACCCCUGCUGCAGUACUUUGGGAUCCUGCUGGACCAGGGCCAGCUGAACAAGUUUGAGUCACUGGAGCUUUGCAGGCCCGUCCUGCAGCAAGGCCGCAAACAGCUCCUGGAGAAAUGGCUGAAAGAAGACAAGCUGGAGUGCUCUGAGGAGUUGGGUGAUCUGGUGAAGUCUGUGGAUCCAACUCUUGCGCUUAGCGUUUAUCUAAGGGCCAACGUUCCCAACAAAGUGAUCCAGUGUUUCGCAGAGACUGGGCAGUUCCAGAAAAUUGUACUGUAUGCAAAAAAGGUUGGCUACACUCCAGACUGGAUCUUCCUGUUGAGGAACGUCAUGCGGGUCAGUCCAGAACAAGGCCUGCAGUUCUCCCAAAUGCUCGUUCAAGAUGAGGAACCUCUGGCUGACAUCACUCAGAUUGUGGAUGUGUUCAUGGAGUAUAACCUGAUCCAGCAGUGCACUUCUUUCCUGUUGGACGCGCUGAAGAACAACCGUCCCACUGAGAGUCCUUUGCAGACCCGUCUGUUGGAAAUGAACUUGAUGCAUGCCCCACAGGUGGCAGAUGCCAUCCUGGGGAACCAGAUGUUCACCCACUACGACCGGGCCCAUGUGGCUCAGCUGUGUGAGAAGGCAGGUCUUCUACAGCGAGCUCUGGAGCACUACACUGACUUGUAUGACAUCAAACGGGCCGUGGUCCACACCCACCUGCUAAACCCAGAGUGGCUGGUGAACUACUUCGGCUCUCUGUCAGUGGAGGACUCUCUGGAGUGUCUGAGAGCCAUGCUAUCUGCUAACAUCAGGCAGAACCUCCAGAUCUGCGUCCAGGUGGCCUCCAAGUAUCACGAGCAGCUCUCCACCCAGUCGCUCACAGAGCUCUUCGAGUCCUUCAAGAGCUUUGAGGGUCUGUUCUACUUUCUGGGCUCCAUUGUGAACUUCAGCCAGGAUCCAGAGGUUCACUUCAAAUACAUCCAGGCUGCCUGUAAAACUGGUCAAAUCAAGGAAGUGGAGAGAAUCUGCAGAGAGAGCAACUGUUACGAUCCCGAGCGUGUCAAGAACUUCCUCAAGGAAGCAAAACUGACCGACCAGCUGCCCCUCAUCAUUGUGUGUGACCGCUUUGACUUUGUCCACGACCUGGUGCUCUACUUGUACCGCAACAACCUGCAGAAGUACAUUGAGAUCUAUGUUCAGAAGGUUAACCCCAGCCGUUUACCCGUGGUGAUUGGAGGGCUGCUGGACGUGGACUGCUCCGAGGACGUCAUUAAGAAUCUCAUUCUGGUGGUCAGAGGCCAGUUCUCCACUGAUGAGCUUGUGGCCGAGGUGGAGAAAAGAAACAGACUGAAGCUGCUUCUUCCGUGGUUGGAGGCCCGUAUCCACGAGGGCUGUGAGGAACCUGCUACCCAUAAUGCCCUGGCUAAGAUCUACAUCGACAGCAACAACAACCCUGAGCGCUUCCUUCGAGAAAACCCAUAUUAUGACAGUCGUGUUGUGGGGAAGUACUGUGAGAAGAGGGACCCCCAUUUGGCCUGUGUGGCUUAUGAGAGAGGACAGUGUGACCAAGAGCUCAUCCAUGUUUGCAACGAGAACUCGCUCUUCAAGAGUCUGUCCCGAUACCUUGUGCGGCGUAAGGACCCUGAGCUGUGGGCUAGUGUGCUUCUGGAAAGCAACCCCUACAGGAGACCCCUAAUCGACCAGGUUGUUCAGACUGCCCUGUCUGAGACCCAGGACCCUGAAGAAGUCUCAGUUACUGUCAAAGCUUUCAUGACUGCUGACCUGCCCAAUGAACUCAUUGAACUCCUGGAGAAGAUCGUCCUGGACAACUCUAUUUUCAGCGAACACAGGAACCUGCAGAACCUCCUGAUCCUCACCGCCAUUAAAGCUGACCGCACUCGUGUCAUGGAGUACAUCAACCGCCUCGACAACUAUGACGCCCCAGACAUCGCUAACAUUGCCAUUAGCAAUGAGCUCUUCGAGGAGGCUUUUGCAAUCUUCAGGAAGUUCGAUGUGAACACCUCAGCAGUGCAGGUUCUCAUCGAACACAUUGGGAAUCUGGACCGGGCUUAUGAGUUUGCUGAGCGCUGUAAUGAGCCGGCCGUGUGGAGUCAGCUGGCUAAAGCACAGCUGCAGAAGGGGCUGGUGAAAGAGGCCAUCGACUCUUACAUCAAAGCUGACGACCCUUCAGCCUACAUGGAAGUGGGACAAGCUGCAGCCCAAAGUGGAAACUGGGAGGAUCUGGUCAAGUUUCUGCAGAUGGCUCGUAAGAAGGCUCGUGAAUCGUAUGUGGAGACCGAGCUGAUCUUUGCCCUGGCCAAGACUAACCGUCUGGCUGAACUGGAGGAGUUUAUCAAUGGGCCAAACAACGCACACAUUCAACAAGUUGGUGACCGAUGCUAUGACGAGAAGAUGUACGAGGCAGCAAAACUACUUUAUAACAAUGUAUCCAACUUUGGCCGUCUGGCCUCCACUCUGGUGCAUCUCGGCGAGUAUCAGGCUGCUGUCGAUGGGGCCCGCAAGGCCAACAGCACAAGGACCUGGAAAGAGGUUUGCUUUGCCUGUGUUGAUGGGAAGGAGUUUCGUCUGGCUCAGAUGUGUGGAUUACAUAUUGUCGUUCAUGCUGAUGAACUUGAGGAGCUCAUCAACUACUACCAGGACCGUGGCUAUUUCGAGGAGCUGAUCACCAUGUUGGAGGCGGCGCUGGGGUUGGAGCGCGCUCACAUGGGCAUGUUCACAGAACUGGCAAUCCUCUACUCCAAAUUCAAACCGCAGAAGAUGAGGGAGCACCUGGAGCUCUUCUGGUCCAGAGUCAACAUUCCCAAGGUUUUGAGGGCAGCAGAACAGGCUCACCUGUGGGGAGAGCUAGUCUUCCUGUAUGAUAAGUAUGAGGAGUUUGACAACGCCAUUAUCACCAUGAUGAGCCAUCCUUCAGAUGCCUGGAAGGAGAGCCAGUUCAAGGACAUCAUAACCAAGGUUGCUAAUGUUGAGCUGUAUUACAAAGCCACCCAGUUCUACCUGGAGUUCAAACCGCUGUUACUGAAUGACCUGUUGAUCAUAUUGUCCCCACGUCUCGACCACACUCGUGCCGUCAACUUCUUCAGCAAGGUCAAGCAAUUGUCGUUGGUGAAACCAUACCUGAGAUCUGUACAGAACCACAACAACAAGGCUGUAAAUGAGGCUCUAAAUAAUCUCUUCAUCACUGAGGAGGAUUAUCAGGCUCUGCGUACAUCCAUUGAUGCUUACGAUAACUUCGACAACAUAUCUCUGGCUCAGAGCUUGGAGAGGCACGAACUCAUCGAGUUCAGGCGAAUCGCCGCCUACCUGUUCAAAGGCAACAACCGCUGGAAACAGAGCGUGGAACUGUGCAAGAAAGACAAACUCUACAAGGACGCAAUGCAGUAUGCUUCAGAGUCAAAGGACACAGAGCUGGCUGAGGAGCUGCUGCAGUGGUUCUUGCAGGAAGACAAGAAAGAGUGUUUUGCUGCCUGCCUGUUCACCUGCUACGACCUGCUGAGGCCCGACGUGGUGCUGGAGACCGCCUGGAGGCACAACCUCAUGGACUUCUCCAUGCCCUACUUCAUCCAGGUCAUGAGGGAAUACCUCAGCAAGGUUGAUGCAAUUAAGGAAAAGGUUGAUAAGUUGGAUGCUUCUGAGUCUUUGAGGAAAGAGGAAGAACAGCUCACAGAGGCACAACCCAUUGUCUACGGCACACCCCAGCUGAUGCUCACCGCAGGCCCCAGUGUCGCAGUCCCCCCUCAGCAGCCUUACGGCUACGGUUACCCCACAGCGACUGGAUACGGCCAACCCGCACAGCCAGGCUUCGGCUACGGCAUGUGAAGCCCUCCUGCCACAGCUGUCCAUCCAUCUCUCCUUAAGUUCCUUACUAGCUUAUUGUGAUCUACUCACAAGGUUAUAUACAGUCAAAAAAAAAAAAAAAGUUACAAGUUUUAAAUUAUUUUCCUUAAAAUGCAAUGAAGGACUUCAUUUUUAUUUGUGUUGUCAAAGAAAUUAUCAGACCACAUUUUUGUUAUUUCACAUUCCAUAUUUAAGGCUACUUCUAUCUACUAGUUUUUCUUUUCAUUUUUUUUUUGUGAGCUGAUUUUCUUUUUUUUAAGGGGGCAUGGGUUGUGUAUGUAAGUGGAGUGUCAAGAAGAGCAAUUAACCUUAAAAUAUGUCGUGAAGCAUCUGAUUUGCACUCUGUCGUGAGAGGAAACUAAUGUAGAAUCUCUUAAUUUUGAUGUAUUGUAUGUGAAGAGCUUACACUGUCAGUCUGUUUAAUGCAUUUCAUUAUUGUAUAUUCUGAAAAAAAGGUUAAACAAUAUUUGAACAUGAACGUAUGCAUCCAUGGGUACAUUGAGCUAACACUAAGUAAAAAAUCUGAUACCCUACACGAAUAUGUAGCUGUAUGGAAAUUUUAAGCACAUACAGACAUGAAUAUAGUAAAUGAUUUUAAUCCCUUAGCCUAAACGGGUUUCCCGGAUUGACCUCGUAGUUGUUAACAUCUCAUUCACUCCAUGUGUAACAGGUGACCUUUUCUUGUAUUGAAUACAGUGCUCUUUCUUGUGUGAAUCCAUUUCCAUAAAUGAGCAAGGGAUGCAUCGAUUCUUCUGACUUGUGUGUUUACUCAUCCGAUUCUUUGUAUUGGGGUUUGUGUGUGCCAGGUGUCGUGCUGUUCUUGCUCACUAUUCGAGUGUACAGAAGAAUGAAUACACAAAUGGAGACCAAUGCUUUGUCCAUCUGUAAGAUUUGUGUGCGGUCUGCAGAUUCGGGAAUAAAUUCACAGGAUUGUGAUUACUUUGGUGGCUUGAUUGUAAACCGGCAAAGAUUAAAAUGAAACCCAUCCAUUCUCCAUC